AUGGCUGAAGAACACUCAAUAAAUAAUGAGAAUUCGGCGCUCAAGGAUAUCAUGAACGGGUCCAUAGCCGGUGCCAUCGGGAAGUUUAUAGAGUACCCGUUUGACACAGUGAAAGUCAGAUUACAGACACAGGGGUCGAGCAUCUUCCCUACUACUUGGUCUUGUAUCAGAUACACGUAUAGGAACGAGGGUGUUUGGAACGGGUUCUUCCAAGGCAUAGGGUCUCCGCUUUUCGGCGCCGCUCUCGAGAACGCAACGCUGUUUGUCUCUUAUAACCAGACAUCGAAACUGCUGGAUAAAUAUUGCAAAGUAUCUGAGCUUAAUAACAUAUUGGUUUCAGGUGCAGUCGCUGGGUCCUUCGCCUCCUUUGUUCUGACGCCAGUGGAGCUGAUCAAGUGUAAAUUGCAGGUCGCCAACUUGGAAAACCAGAUACCGGGGAAGGCCAAGCAGAACACAAAGAUCAUCCCCACACUACUGUCCGUGAUCAAAGGGAAAGGUGUGUUGGGUCUGUGGCAGGGCCAAUCGUCCACGUUCAUCAGAGAAUCCCUAGGCGGUGUCGCAUGGUUUGCAACUUACGAGCUGAUGAAGAAGUCGUUUAAGAAGAGACACCCAGGGAGAGACAACAAGACAUGGGAGCUGCUCGCGAGUGGUGCAAGUGCGGGUCUUGCAUUCAACGCCAGCAUAUUCCCAGCAGACACCGUCAAGUCGAUAAUGCAAACAGAGCACAUCUCUUUGGUCAACGCCGUUAAAAAAGUGUUCUCGAAGUACGGAUUCACCGGCUUCUAUCGCGGGCUCGGGAUAACGUUGAUCAGAGCUGUUCCAGCCAAUGCAGCCGUAUUCUACACCUACGAGACAUUAUCUAAAGCAUGA